ACUAGUGCCACCUCCAGUUUUGUGAUUGUGUCAAAAAUACAGGGUUUUAUUGUUGCACUAGCAAUUUAAUCCGAGGAAUAUAUAUUUUGUGUAGAGUUAUGUUCGAGACGUCGUUGCCAGCGAUUCAAGAGGCGAGCGGUCACACGUUUGGCAUUCGUUAUUAAUUAAAUCAGCCGCCAACAGCUGAGCGAGAGAGCAAUAGAGAGCAACAGGAGAGGAUCCACUUCCAAUCGAAUCGGGUGGAAUCGAAUAGCAGGGGCUUGGUAAUUAAAAGGAAGACCGAACUGAACUGAACUAAACUGAAACGGAACGAAGCGAAGCGAAGUGCGGCGAGGCGACAAGAAACGAAAAGAAAAGAACGAAAGUCGGCAGAGUCGGAAAGUCGGCAAGUCUGAUUGUCGGCAAAGUCGCAAAGUCGGAGAGUCACAGUCUCAAUCGCAGUCGGCGAGAGAUUCCACUCGUGUCACACGUCCGUUCGUUUCCACACUGUCGUUAUAAAAAUAGCAACGCCUUAAACGAUCGCAUCAACCUCAUCAACAGAACACUACCAGAAAACACAGCCCCCUCCUACGCCUCCAUCGCCAUCGCCACCGCAUCCCAUCCCCAUCAUCUUCAUUAGCAGGCAGCCUGACAGAAUUCCACACUGCCGUUUCGGCAGCCGGCAAGAUUUCACGAAAUCUAAUGGCCAAGGACGAGGAGGAUGACCUGCUGCCCGACAAGGAUGCGGCCAAGGGCUUCUAUGCCAAAUACGAGCCCAAGGAGAUUCUGGGCAGGGGCAUCAGCUCGACCGUGAGGCGAUGCAUCGAAAAAGAGACGGGCAAGGAGUUCGCCGCCAAGAUCAUCGACUUGGGCGCCACCACAGAGUCGGGCGAGACCAAUCCAUAUCACAUGCUGGAAGCAACCAGACAAGAAAUCUCAAUACUGCGCCAGGUCAUGGGGCAUCCCUACAUAAUUGAUCUGCAGGAUGUGUUUGAGUCAGAUGCAUUUGUUUUCCUCGUCUUCGAGCUGUGCCCCAAAGGCGAACUCUUCGACUAUCUGACCUCUGUGGUGACGCUCUCCGAGAAGAAGACGCGCACCAUUAUGCGACAGAUCUUUGAGGGCGUCGAGUACAUACACGCCAAGAGCAUUGUCCAUCGGGAUCUUAAGCCCGAGAACAUCUUGCUGGACGAGAACCACAACGUUAAGAUCACGGACUUUGGCUUCGCCAAGCAGUUGCAAGAGGGCGAGAAACUUACAAAUCUGUGCGGAACGCCGGGCUAUUUGGCGCCCGAAACGCUCAAGUGCAACAUGUUCGAGGGAUCCCCCGGCUACUCGCAGGAAGUAGACAUAUGGGCCUGUGGCGUGAUUAUGUUCACGCUGCUCGUCGGUUGUCCACCUUUCUGGCACCGCAAGCAGAUGGUUAUGCUGCGGAAUAUCAUGGAGGGCAAGUACAGCUUCACCUCGCCGGAGUGGGCUGAUAUUUCAGAGGAUCCCAAGGAUCUGAUACGCAAAUGUCUAGUCGUUGAUCCUGCGCAACGUAUAACAGUCAAGGAAGUAUUAAGACAUCCAUUCUUCAACCAAAUGCUGUUCGAGCAAAACAUUGAUGGCCUCAAGCGCAGCCUGUCGACCAAGUCCCGACGAAUGAGUCGCAUCACUGAGAUCGCACUGGUGUUAAUGGGUGACCGCCGGCAUCCGGCCCCGCCCAUCGCGGCCGCCCACACGAACAGCAGGCACCUGCUCCAAUCCGAGGCGUCAUCGUAUCGCUUUGGGCAGCUGAACAGCAGUGGCGCCGGUGCCCCCAAUUACCUGUACUGUGCGCCACAGAGCUCCUACUCGUCGAAUCGAAUGCGCGACGGGCCGCUGGACGAUGCGGCUGCCAGUGCUGCAUCCGCCACCUGCCAUGCCAUGUCGCCAUGCAGCGCCUCCAACUCGUACGCCACCAACACCAACGCCAACACCUCGAACUCGGCCUUGGCAUCCGCCUCCUCCCACAAAACGCUCACGGCGACGGUCUACUAUCAGCAGCAGCCGCAGCAGCAUCAGACGCAGCAGCAGCAGCAGCAGCAGUACCAGCAGCAACAGACGACACAGCUGCCGGUGCAGCUGCAGUUGCAGCAUCCACAAUUGCAGGCCGGUGGCGAUGGCAAGCAAUCGGUGUAUGCACCUCCUACAGUGCAGCUGCGCAAACAAAGUCGCUUCAACGCGCGCAAAAAGUUCCAAUUCGCCAUACUCGUGAUACGGGCCGUCAUCCGCAUACGGCGCCUGCGCUUCACCGCCGAGCCGCUGCACGUUGAGGAGGCCAUCCGGGAUCCGUAUCGCGUCAAGGUUCUGCGCAAGGUCAUCGAUGGCUGUGCCUUCCGUGUCUACGGGCAUUGGGUCAAGAAGGGUGAGGGCCAGAAUCGGGCCGCCCUCUUCGAGAAUACUCCGCGCACCGAGCUCCACGCGCUCUAUAUCAACAAUCUCAGCCGAUAGAAGUCGGUCGGGCAUGGGGCAUGGGGCACGGGGCAUGGGACGUGGGGGGUGGCGGCGUCCCGCUGAUCUACACAAGCACACACACACACAGAAAAAAAAAAAAAAGAAAACACAGCAACAAGAAACCUAGAAACAAACAAACGCAUUAGCAAAAGCAGGAAAUUGCGAUUGCAACUGGAGAGACACCACACCAAAAAGGAUUCAAUCCAUCCAUACAUUCGGCUCGUUCUGGACGGAUAUACAAAUCGCCUAGUAACAUUACCUCCCUGCCUUCGUCGUCCUUGUGAUUUUGUUUAAUACUUUUAAAUUCGAUUUUAUUGCGUCUAAUGCGCCAGCCAUCUAGUGUAAUCAGUUAGUGUAGUGAGUGUAGCGUUCAACCACGGCCACGCAUACCAGCCCGAUGGUAUAUGGCUACCCUGUGGUUCAACGUUAUUAUCCGGCGCCAGAACGAGCCGAAUCGGAUGAUGAGAUUGAAAGUUGGGUUGGGGAAUGCACACACACACCUCAUCUCAUCAUACUCCACACCCAACUAAGCCCACACAAGCAAGCGUACAUGCAUAUGUAUUUUCUGUUAAUGAUUCUAUUAAAUUAUUUAAUUGUAUUGCUAA